UUUUGAUAAUUUUACCAUAGAUCAUGUCGAAGCUCUGAAUAUAUUCUCUGAGCUCAUUGAAUGAACAGUCAACCGAACUGCAGCAAGGAAGUUUGAGCAGAAUAUAGUUGUAGAUAACUUUUACCUAAAAGCAGGGACCUUCAGAGGAGUCUUUGCAUGCUCUGGUGUCUUUUCUAUGCAGCUGGAAUAUCAGCGCAGAUGCAUACUCUAUGCGAGUUACUUCAAUAUUUUCAGGGUUGAGCAAUUUCAAUAUAUGUGAAAGCUGAUUAUCAUGAGGUGGCAAUAGUAAAAUUUUGGGUUUCUGAAAUGUUUUACAAAUUCUUUGUUGUAGUCCUGACUCAUACUAGAUUUCAUUAAUUCCAUAAUUGGGAAGAUAUCCCUGGGAGACUAAAUCUUACUUGAAAAAGGGGACAGUUUUCAAUUAACAAAGUUACUUGCAUUGAUCUCAAAAUUUCCCACUCUUCAUUUAUGAAGUUUUAUCUAUUGAAUUUCCCUUCAAAAUUCUUAGCAAAGAGGAGAUCAGAGUAUUUAUAAAUCUUCAUGAAUGAGAAAUCAUCAAGAUCUUUUUCAAUAGCUUCGGCAAUCUGAUUAAAAUUAGUGGCCUGUAAUGAUCAUCUUGAGGCUUCCAAACCUCUGGAUCAUUAACUCUUCUAGAAUAGCCAUUUACAAUAUAUGGACAUCCACCAUAGGCAAUCAAUGAAUCAAUAGAUUGACCAUAGUUCUUGAUAGUGACAGGCUACAUUCAGUCUUGAGCCGCAACUGUUCCAAGUUCUGCUACAAUAUCUUCCAAAUCAUGUAUGUUAAGAGGAGGACUUGGUACAUCAAUCUUGUCUGAUCUUAACUUUUCAACCGUUCCUAGCGGGAACAUGCUUAAUAAUAUGAGUAUGCAUUCUGUACAAUUAUUAAAGACUUGGUUGAUCUGACAUAAACCUCUUCAGGGUCGAACUUUGGACUAAGGAAACUUUGUGAAAUAGGCAUGACUUUGCAUACCUAUUUCUGAGUUCUUCUCGGAUCAUGAAGUGCUUUCUGAAUCCAGAAGAAAAAAGCAUGCAUUUUCAGUUUAUGUAAUGAAACCCAAAGCUAUCUCCUUUUGGAGCUCUGGCUCGAUGGCGGUAUAUCUCAGAGACCAAUUUCAAGUUUGCACCUGGAAAAUGUAAUCAAACAUAGAAGGACGAAUAAUAUAUAAAUUUAGGAUACUUCAGUUGAGUUG